AUGAAUAAAGGAAAUUAUAAAAAAUGGUUAGAAGAGCUGUUAAUCCCUAAUCUACCUGCGAACAGCGUGGUAGUUGUUGACAACGCCCCCUACCAUAACACUGUUAUUGAAAAAGUCCCUAAUAGUGGAUCUACAAAGCAGGAGAUGAGAAAUUGGCUGGACAAAAUGAACAUUGCUUAUACCAAUGACAUGUUGAAACCAACACUUUACGCACUGAUAUGUCGAAACAAACCGGCUUAUAAAAAGUAUGAAAUUGACGAAAUAUUGUCUAAGCAUAAUCAUACCUGUUUGAGACUACCACCCUACCACCCAGACCUUAACCCGAUUGAGAACAUUUGGGCAAUAGUGAAGGGUUGGGUUGCCAGUCGAAACACAACAUACAAAAUCGCCGACGUAAAAAAACUGUGUGAAGACAAAUUUGGUUCCAUGACAGAAAAUGACUGGUUGCCACUUUGUCGUCAUGUAUUAAAAACUGAGGCCGAUUACUGGGAAUCCGACCACAUUAUGGAUGAACGCAUUGACCCAAUAAUUAUUGCAUUGGGUGGACCUGAUAGUGAGGACGACGAAGAUGCAUACAACAGUGACAACCCUGACGAACCUGACUCCGACCUCUCUGGAAUCGAAGGGAUGGAAUGUGAUUCUGAUUGA